GCGCUCGUUCCUUCCAUUCCAGACCGAAGCUUCCUGUCUUAGAACCCAGUACCGCAAACAUGUCCACCUCACAAUACUUCCUCGAGCUUUAUGGGGACCUCUCAGAUCAAGCGAUGUUCACACAGCCCAACAUGCCACCGCAGCAACCGCUGCCUUCACUCCAGGCGGGCGAACAAUACUUCGAUGGCAACGAAGAUCUGCCAAGUGCUUCUUUCAGUAACGCCUUUUACGAUGGUCUCAUGCCAGAAGGCAACAUUCACUCUCGUGACACACAGCACACCGGUUACAUGCCACAGCGCAACUGUGCGUUCGACCUGUAUCCAACACAGCCGAGUAGCCAGAGUUACUCCGGACAAUCAGAAUUCACCUAUGCGGCGCCUCGAUUGUACAAUGGUCACGAGACCUUGCCUCAGGAUGCUCGCAACUAUUCAGCUAUGGCAGCACAACAUCAGACCCCUCCUCAAUCACACCAGAAUGGAUAUCGGCCAUAUAACGCUUUCAACGAGACCUUCUACGACGGCUUCCAAUUGACACCGCAGCUGUACGAUCAGCCUGUGACUGCUGCCGAGAACAACACUGCUACCCUGGCUGAUGACCUCGGUUGUGCUUCCACUUUCCUGCCGGUCACCCCCGAUAGCCCUCUACUGAACAUCGAAGGUAACAAAGAGCACGUCGAUCCGUCUGGCCCACGUUUGCAUAAGCGCAAAAUCGCCAAGGCCUGCUCACAGAGCUCGAAAUCAACAUCUUCUAUUCCCUCACCUGGCGACUCGUCAAUUGCCCCCCUCAGUCCACGCGCAAAGAACGACAAUAAUCUCGUUUUCAACGGCUUCGCCGAAGCCGAAGCAGUUGCGUUUAACCGAGCUCGGCCCACGCUUCGUGAUGAUGACUGGACGGAUGUGAAGAGUGCCCCACACAAACACGUACACACGCUUCUAGCCGCCUUCGGCAAAUCAUAUGCCCAAGCUCCUGAGCAGUUUGCUCUGGUCAAGGAUGCUGACAAGAGUCGCUGGAUCACAUACCAAGAAGGCCACGUCGAGAAGAUGUCCAAGUAUGAUGACCAAACCCUCGAAGCUGCCUGCUGGGUUUUACUUAAGCACUUGAUCGAAGCUCACGAAGUUGGCAUGAAGACUCUGCGAUACCACAAAAUCGAAGGCAACAUCAAGUGCUCUGAUCAUGUUGACCUCGUUGCCUCAGCCAUACGCAAAUACGCCGUCAUCCGCUACGACGUCGUCCGCCUGCAGCGUCUCGAUGAGUUAGUAUGCUGCACCACCAGCGCAGUCUCCCGCAAGAUCGCCAACUUCAAAGGCAACUGGAACAAAACAGAGCGCGAGAACGAAAACCAAGAAAAGGCCGAGAAGCUCGGCAUAGACUACACUCCCGUACUAGGCGACAAGAAGCGCAAAGCUGCAGAUGGUGGUGCUGGUGCUGGUGCUGCUGGUGGUGCGACCGCGACGACCAAGCCCGCGAGAAGAAGGGUCCGAUCUUUGAGGCCUACGAGCGAAGACACUUCUGCGGUGAACUCUACCAUCAAGCCCACGCUCGUAUCCCCCACUACAUCCGACAACGAUGUGUCGCCGACAGAAGCAACCACGACCGCCGCCACAGAGCUUCACAACCCCGUUGCCAACAAAGCGCCCAAUCCUGCCCCGUCGGAAACCGAGCAAGCAGCUGGUCUGGUGCCUUCGAGCAGUACCGAUUGAGUACUGCCAGGCAGCCAUCCAUUCAAGCAUACAGACACUUCCUUGAACCAAUAAAACGAAGAAGUACGAAGAAAAAGAACUUUCCAUCACUGUCGCGCUUCACGUGAUUGUAUACUAGGGCGGCGUUUUCCAGGGUACAAAAGUACAAACCAACAGGUUGGAUGGUUUACAUAGACGGCACGAUGGAUGGACGCACGUAGGAUAGGACAGGGAUGAAUGGACGGGACAUUUUCGCAUGAGGCGUUCGGAUGGGUCGAAUAGAUGGACGCAACAAGACGGUUGGGACGCAUUGGGAUGGAUGAAUUGAAUGAAAAAUGGGGCAAUGCGAAUGGAUGCAUGGAUGGAUGGAUACCCGAAUGCAUGAAUGGGCGGGAUGGGAUGGGAUGGAUAUCCAAAUGAAUGGAUGGCUGAAUCACCAGAAGCAAAACCCCCGAAUGGUCGGGUCUGUCCAAUGGCAGG